AAAACAUUUUGAGAAUAGGCUACUAUUGAGUUUUUCAGUAUAGAGUCAGAGAAGGUUACUUCGUUCUUAAAAAUGUUUCUCGCUAGACUGCAGAUCACUUCUACUCGCUUUUCAGAGCAUUACAAGCUUCUCAAUCAAUUGCUAAUGAGAUCUGAUUCUUCAAGAUGUACCAGGGCGAAACUUUCAACCAGCUCAUGGCGAUGUACGAAAGAGGAAUCAUCAGACAGUGCUCCCAUUAAGUUUUCAACCAGCAAAGCAGCAUCAUGGAGCCUUGCCAACGCAGCGAACAAUCAAAAACAAGAAAUUCCUUGGCAUCAGACUCUCAGUGUAGCCAUCAGCACAGGUGUUUUUCUGAUCUAUUUCUUGUAUCUGCGUGAAGAGAAUGAUUUGGAUUUGGAGUUAUCUCGUCCACUUUUUGAACGUGUACCACAUCUGGAAGAGUCCCAGUUGAAAAUAGCCAUAAAAUAUGCCCAAGAACAUGGCAAAGAUACUAAAGAACUUGAAGAACGUUUGGUUCAGUUGCAUGAAGAAAAAGGAACUGACACACCAAAUCAGUAAACAAGUCACAAAUGUCUAUUUUAUUGAAAGUGUAGUUUUCCCCAAAAUACAUAGGUUAAAAGACCUUGAACAGCUUACUGCAGUAUAAAAAUCAGGAUCAGUGCCCCAUAUCACAGAGCUUCAAUGGGACAUUUUGUAUUAUGAAAGCCUUGUUUGUAAACUAAAUUCUACCAAUUAUAUUCCAAGAAACCUUUCUGCAGAUGUUCAGAUAGCAUCUUCAGAAAGAACAGUGAGUGACUGUAUUGAUGAUGAAAAUUUUAUAGAACAUUAAAUGAAGUUUUUGUGAAAUCUGCUUAGCUGUUUAUCAGUGGAGGAUGAUACAGGUGUGGAUAUCAAUAACAAGCUUGUUAUUUUUAUAUAUUGAGAGGAUAUUCAUUACAUCAGGAAGAAAUAGUAGCAUCCAUCUUAUCUUUAUAGUGUACCAGUCAGAGCUUUUUCAUAAGGCAUUUUAACACAGCCUGUUACCGUACCUGAGCGGGCUAAAUUGGCUACCUGCAGGAUUGACUGAAACCCCACAUUUAUGAUGUCUCGACAGGCCUACUCAAACCUCUUUCUCAGUGAGUAAUUAAACAAUUGGUAAAGUUAUGUUUCAUCACAUCAAACAGAACUGUUUGAUAUGUUAUAAAUAUAAUUGUUGAGUAAA